CUCCAUUCCCUUCCUUCACCUCUUGAGCCAGCUGCUAUGAGCUGGGCUGGGGGAGUCCUGCGGUCAAGCUGGAGACUAGGCCCUGUAGGAGCGAAUGUCUUUUGCCUAGGGAUGGUUUUGCGUCCCUGCCAGGUGGCAUGCACCCCCCUAAGGGACAGUAGGUCCUUCAUCCCUGUCUCCAAAAUGGGAACUGUCAGGUGUGAAUUUACUAAGAAUUUAACUUCAGAGGAGACCAUUUAUCACAGUAAGAUCUCUACUAUAGGAACUGGAUCAGUUGGCAUAGCAUGUGCUAUCAGCAUCUUAUUAAAAGGCUUGAGUGAUGUUGCCUUUGUGGAUGCUGAUAAAGGCAAAACGAAGGGUGAGACAGUGGAUCUUCAACAUGGCAGCUCUUUCAUGAAAAUGCCAUAUAUUGUUUCCAGCAAAGAUUACCAUGUCACUGCAAACUCCAACCUAGUGAUUAUGACAGCAGGUGCACGCCCUGGAAAAGGAGAAACAUGCCUUGAUGUAGUUAAGAGAAAUGUGUCCAUCUUUAAAUUAAUGAUUUCCAACAUUACCUGGUAUAGUCCCCAGUGCAAAAUGAUAGUUGUUUCCAAUCCAGUGGAUAUCUUAACUUACGUAUCUUGGAAAUUGAGUGCAGUUCCUCAAAACCGUAUUAUUGGAAGUGGCCGUAAUCUGGACACUGUCCGUUUCCAUUUCUUUAUUGGGCAAAGACUUAGUUUCCACUCAGAAAGAUGGAUCCUUGGAGAACAUGGAGACUCGGGUGUAAAUGUGUGGAGUGGAGUUAACAUUGCUGGUAUCCCCUUGAAGGAUCUGAAUUCAGAUAUAGGAACAGAUAAAGAUCCUGACUGGGAAAAUGUCCACAGAGAAGUGAUAACCUGUGGUUGUGAGAUGGUUAAAAUAAAAGGUUAUAUUAAUUGGGCUGUUCGCCUCACUGUAGCUGACUUAACGGGAAACAUUUUGAAGAAUCUUAGGAGAGUGCAUCCAGUUUCCACUAUAACGAAAGGCCUCUAUGAAAUAAAUGAAGUGUUUGUUAGUGUUCCUUGUAUCCUGGGAGGGAAUGGUAUUGCAAACCUUAAUAAGAUCAAGCUGACCCCUGAAGAGGAAUCUGUUUGAGAAAGAGUGCAGAAAAACUUUGGGAAAUUUAGAAAGAGAACAAGCUUUAAAG